UUGAGACAACAACAAGCACCACACAGACAUCAGAUGCACCGUUGUAGUGGCCACAGUCGAUGUUCAGUUUCCGGCAAAGAACCAAAAUGUCUUCUGUUUCAUAAGCUUUGAAUAGGGCAAACAGACCCGUCAUGGUAGGAGGCGGUGCGAGCGGCUUGCUCAGAGACACGGCAGUGCCGUUCUGCAUUUAGGGAACAGAGACAUGAAUGCAGGAGCGUGAGACCGCAUCGGCCUAGUGACUGGGUUUGGAGAAUUCUCGAUUACUCGCUGUAAGUUCGGUUUGCAGAGCCCGUUUAUCCGUUUGAACGGCUAGUGAACCGUUGGGAUUUUGGAAGGCCGUUUUUGCAGUUUGUACGCGCUGUCCGUUGAUAUUAAAGCGGCGUUAGGUCGGAGACUGCGCUGCCGCCAUAUUGAAACGAACUAGUGACUGACUGGCUGGGACUGAACUGACAAGAGAUCGGACCCAGACUGGGGGGGCUGCUGCUGGUGACGCAGGAAAAACACCCAAGAGCAGACAAAAAUCAAAGGAAGCGAGCUCAUAUUUGCAUACAGGUUACAUGCGAUUACGUUCAUAGAAGACACGUAUAUGAAAUCAGUCUGCAAUUUGCUAAAUAAAAUCCUGGAGUAGUGAAUAGAAGAAGUCAUCUCUAAUUCCUGGUUGUGCAAUGGUCUCAGCAAAUCGCCCUGUGCUCCAGCUGCUUCUCUCCCACGCAGACGUGUGCUUCUCCGCUCCUGAGGAGGCCGUGAUUUCUUCCCGGGCGACGGCGACAUAAGCGACAAGAUUGCAAAGAUCUGCGCCGUGUCGAGCAUGACGGCCACCACCCGCGGCUCUCCCGUGGGGGGGAAUGACACCCAGGGCCAGGCCCCGGACGGGCAGAGCCAGCCCCCCCUGCCCCAGAACCAGACGUCCUCCCCCAACUCCUCGAACGAGAACUCCCCCGUGAGUCCGCCGGACGAGCAGGGGCAGGGAGACAGCCCCCCUCAGCUGGAGGAGGAGGAGCCCGCCUUUCCCCACACCGACCUGGCCAAGCUGGACGACAUGAUCAACCGACCCCGCUGGGUUGUUCCAGUUUUGCCAAAGGGUGAAUUAGAAGUUCUUCUUGAAGCUGCUAUAGAUCUUAGUAAAAAAGGACUUGACGUCAAGUGCGAAGCGUGCCAGAGAUUUUUCCGGGACGGCUUGACCAUUUCGUUCACGAAAAUCCUGACGGACGAGGCAGUGAGUGGCUGGAAGUUUGAGAUUCAUAGGUGCAUCAUAAACAACACUCACCGCCUGGUGGAGCUGUGCGUGGCCAAGCUCUCUCAGGACUGGUUCCCUCUGCUGGAGCUGCUGGCCGUGGCCAUGAACCCGCACUGCAAGUUCCACAUCUACAACGGCACGCGGCCCUCGGAGACGGUGCCCGCCGGGGUCCAGCUGGGGGAGGACGAGCUGUUCGCCCGCCCGCCCGACCCCCGCUCCCCCAAGGGCUGGCUGGUGGAUUUAAUAAACAAAUUCGGUACUUUAAACGGGUUUCAGACUCUGCACGACCGCUUCAUGAGUGGCCAGGCGCUGAACGUUCAGAUCAUCGCGGCUCUCAUCAAGCCUUUCGGGCAGUGUUACGAGUUCCUGACGCUGCACACGGUGAAGAAGUACUUCCUGCCCAUUAUCGAGAUGGUUCCCCAGUUUCUAGAAAACCUCACGGACGAGGAGUUGAAAAAGGAGGCCAAGAACGAAGCGAAAAACGACGCGCUGUCGAUGAUAAUCAAGUCGUUGAAGAACCUGGCUUCGCGGGUACCUGGCCAAGAAGAAACAGUGAAAAACUUAGAAAUAUUUAGGUUAAAAAUGAUUCUUAGGUUAUUGCAAAUUUCUUCAUUUAAUGGAAAAAUGAAUGCACUAAAUGAAGUCAACAAGGUGAUUUCGAGCGUCUCCUACUACACCCAUCGUCACGGCAACCCCGAGGAGGAGGAAUGGCUGACGGCGGAACGUAUGGCGGAGUGGAUCCAGCAGAACAACAUCCUGUCCAUCGUGCUGCGGGACAGCCUGCACCAGCCGCAGUACGUGGAGAAGCUGGAGAAGAUCCUGCGCUUCGUCAUCAAGGAGAAGGCCCUGACGCUGCAGGACCUGGACAACAUCUGGGCAGCGCAGGCCGGGAAGCACGAAGCGAUUGUGAAGAAUGUGCACGACCUCCUGGCCAAGCUCGCCUGGGACUUCUCCCCGGAGCAGCUGGACCAUCUCUUCGACUGUUUCAAGGCGAGCUGGACGAAUGCCAGUAAAAAGCAGCGGGAGAAGCUGCUGGAGCUGAUUCGCCGCCUGGCCGAGGACGAUAAGGACGGGGUGAUGGCCCACAAGGUGCUGAACCUGCUGUGGAACCUGGCCCACAGCGACGACGUGCCCGUCGACAUCAUGGACCAGGCGCUCAGCGCUCACAUCAAGAUCCUGGACUACAGCUGCUCCCAGACCUCCUUGCAGGACCGGGAUACACAAAAGAUCCAGUGGAUAGACCGCUUCAUCGAGGAGCUUCGAACCAACGACAAAUGGGUGAUUCCUGCGCUGAAACAGAUUCGGGAGAUCUGCAGCCUGUUCGGGGAAGCGCCGCAGAACCUGAGAGUGAAAAUUAACAUAGGAAAGAAUUUAGUGAGUCAGACGCAACGCAGCCCGCACGUUUUCUACCGACACGACCUGAUCAACCAGCUGCAGCACAACCACGCGCUUGUCACUCUGGUGGCCGAGAACCUGUCCGCGUACAUGGAGACCAUGAGGCAGUUCGCCAAAGGUCGGCUCCCAGCCCCCGGGACUGAUGAACCCCCAAAACCCGAGCACGCGGAGUUCGACCCGCAGACGGUGCGGGAGGGCAGCCGGUACAGCCACGUGCAGGAAGUCCAGGAGAGGCUCAACUUCCUGAGGUUCCUCCUGAAGGACGGCCAGCUGUGGCUGUGCGCGCCCCAGGCCAAGCAGAUCUGGAAGUGCCUGGCGGAGAACGCGGUGUUCCUGUGCGACCGCGAGGCCUGCUUCAAGUGGUACUCCAAGCUGAUGGGCGACGAGCCCGACCUGGACCCCGACAUCAACAAGGACUUCUUCGAGAACAACGUGCUGCAGCUGGACCCCUCGCUGCUCACCGAGAACGGGAUGAAGUGCUUCGAGCGCUUCUUCAAGGCCGUCAACUGCCGGGAGGGCAAGCUGGUGGCCAAGCGCAGGGCGUACAUGAUGGACGACCUGGAGCUCAUCGGGCUGGACUACCUCUGGAGAGUCGUGAUUCAGGGCAGCGAUGACAUCGCCAGCCGAGCCAUCGAUCUGCUGAAGGAGAUUUACACAAACCUCGGACCAAAACUGCAAGUCAAUCAGGUAGAGAUUCACGAGGACUUCGUCCAGUCCUGCUUCGACCGGCUGAAGGCCUCCUACGACACCCUGUGCGUACUGGACGGGGACAAAGACAGUAUAAACUGCGCGAGACAAGAGGCGAUCCGCAUGGUGCGAGUGCUGACCGUCCUGCGGGAGUACAUCAACGAGUGCGACAGCGACUAUCACGAGGAGAGGACCAUCCUCCCCAUGUCCAGAGCGUUCAGGGGCAAACACAUCACGCUCAUCGUGCGCUUCCCCAACCAAGGCCGGCAGGUGGACGACCUGGACAUCUGGUCGCACACCAACGACACCAUCGGCUCCGUGCGCCGCUGCAUCCUCACCAGGAUCAAGGCCAACAGCGCGCACACCAAAAUCGAGCUCUUCAUCGGCGGCGAGAUCGUGGACCCCGCCGACGACCGCAAGCUCAUCGGGCAGCUCAACCUGAAAGACAAGACCUUGAUCACGGCUAAGCUCACCCAGGUCAGUUCCAACAUGCCUUCGAGCCCCGACAGCUCCUCGGAUUCCUCCACCGGUUCCCCCGGAAACCAUGGCAACCACUACAGCGACGGUCCCAAUCCCGAAGUGGAAAGCUGCCUUCCUGGAGUGAUAAUGUCGCUGCACCUCCGAUACAUCUCCUUCCUGUGGCAAGUGGCGGACCUGGGCUGCAGUCUGAACAUGCCCCUCCUGCGGGACGGGGCGCGGGUGCUCAUGAAGCUGAUGCCCCCGGAUAACACUACAGUGGAAAACCUGCGUGCCAUCUGUCUGGAUCACGCCAAGCUCGGAGAAAACAGCCUGAGCCCCACCCUGGACUCCCGCUUCUUCGGUCCCUCCCCCUCCCAAGUGCUCUAUCUGACUGAGGUGGUGUACGCCCUGCUCAUGCCUGCCAGCGGCACCCUAGGGGAGGAUGCCAGCGAGUUCCAGUACAACUUCCUGAAGAGCGGCGGCCUGCCCCUGGUACUGAGCAUGCUCACCCGAAAUAACUUCCUGCCCAACGCUGACAUGGAGACCAGGCGGGGAGCCUAUCUCAACACCCUAAAAAUAGCCAAGCUGCUGCUGACCGCCGUGGGCUUUGGCCACGUGAAGGCCGUGGCGGAGGCCUGCCACCCGGUCGUGGAGGGGACCAGCCCCGUGUCGCCCAUAAACCAGGCGACGCACGACCAGGCCCUGGUGCUCCAGAACGCCCUGCAGAACAUUCCCAACCCGUCGUCUGAGUGCAUGCUGCGGAACGUGGCCGUCCGUCUGGCCCAGCAGAUCUCCGAUGAAAACUUCUUCCAGGCGUCGAAGUACAUCCCGGACAUCUGCGUGAUCCGCGCGGUGCAGAAGAUCGUCUGGGCGUCCGGGUGCGGCACGGUGCAGCUGGUCUUCAGCUCCAACGAGGAGAUCAGCAAGAUAUACGAGAAGACGAACGCGGGGAACGAGCCGGACGCGGAGGACGAACAGGUGUGCUGCGAGGCGCUGGAGGUCAUGACCCUCUGCUUCGCCCUCAUCCCCACCGCCCUGGACACGCUCAGCAAGGAGAAGGCCUGGCAGACCUUCAUCAUCGACCUGCUGCUGCACUGCCAGAGCAAGUCUGUUCGGCAGAUGGCUCAGGAGCAGUUCUUCCUCAUGGCCACCAGGUGCUGCAUGGGACACCGACCCCUCCUCUUCUUCAUCACCUUGCUCUUCACCGUUUUAGGUAGCACUGCUAAGGAGAGGGCCAAGCACGCUGGGGACUACUUCACCUUGUUGAGGCACUUGCUGAACUACGCGUACAACAGCAACAUCAACCUGCCCAACGCCGAGGUUCUCCUCAACAACGAGAUCGACUGGCUGAAGAGGAUCAGGGAUGAGGUGAAGAGGACGGGCGAGACUGGCGUGGAGGAGACCAUUCUCGAGGGGCACCUGGGCGUCACGAAGGAGCUCCUGGCCUUCCAGACCCCCGAGAAGAAGUACUGCAUCGGCUGUGAAAAGGGCGGUGCCAACCUCAUCAAGGAGCUGAUAGACGACUUCAUCUUCCCGGCCUCCAACGUGUACCUGCAGUACAUGAAGAGCGGGGAGUUCCCGGGGGAGCAGGCCAUCCCGGUGUGCGGCACCCCCGCCACCAUCAACGCCGGCUUCGAGCUGCUGGUGGCGCUGGCCGUGGGCUGCGUCAGGAACCUCAAGCAGAUCGUCGACACGCUCACCGACAUGUACUACUUAGGUUGCGAGGCGCUCACGGAGUGGGAGUACUUGCCGCCCGUCGGGCCGCGGCCCACGAAGGGCUUCGUGGGCCUGAAGAACGCGGGGGCCACCUGCUACAUGAACUCGGUCAUCCAGCAGCUGUACAUGAUCCCGCCCAUCCGCAACGGCAUCCUGGCCAUCGAGGGCACGGGCAGCGACGUGGACGACGACAUGUCCGGGGACGAGAAGCAGGACAACGAGAGCAACGUGGAUCCUCGGGACGAGGUGUUCAGCUAUCACCCUCAGUUCGAGGACAAGUCCUCCCUCACCAAAUCGGAGGACAGGAAGGAGUACAACAUCGGGGUGCUGCGCCACCUGCAGGUCAUCUUCGGACACCUGGCCGCCUCCCGGCUGCAGUACUACGUGCCCCGCGGGUUCUGGAAGCAGUUCCGGUUGUGGGGCGAGCCGGUGAACCUGCGGGAGCAGCACGACGCUCUGGAGUUCUUCAACUCCCUGGUGGACAGCCUGGACGAGGCCCUGAAGGCCCUGGGCCACCCCGCCAUGCUCAGCAAGGUGCUCGGGGGCUCGUUCGCCGACCAGAAGAUCUGCCAGGGCUGCCCUCAUCGGUAUGAGUGUGAGGAGUCCUUCACGACGCUGAAUGUAGAUAUUAGGAACCAUCAGAACCUCCUGGACUCGAUGGAGCAGUACGUGAAGGGAGACCUCCUGGAGGGCGCCAAUGCCUACCACUGUGAGAAGUGCAACAAAAAGGUGGACACCGUGAAGCGGCUCCUGAUCAAGAAGCUGCCGCCCGUCCUGGCCAUCCAGCUCAAGCGCUUCGACUACGACUGGGAGCGCGAGUGCGCCAUCAAGUUCAACGACUACUUCGAGUUCCCGCGCGAGCUGGACAUGGAGCCGUACACGGUGGCGGGCGUGGCCAAGCUGGAGGGCGACGACGUCAGCCCGGAGAGCCAGGUGAUCCAGACGGACGCGCCCACGGAGGCCCCCGCCGCCGACGCCCCCGGCAGCUCCAAGUACCGGCUGGCGGGCGUGCUGGUGCACAGUGGCCAGGCCAGCGGCGGCCACUACUACUCCUACAUCGUCCAGCGCGACGGCGGCGACGGGGAGCGCAACCGCUGGUACAAGUUCGACGACGGCGACGUGACCGAGUGCAAGAUGGACGACGACGAGGAGAUGAAGAACCAGUGCUUCGGCGGCGAGUACAUGGGCGAGGUGUUCGACCACAUGAUGAAGCGCAUGUCCUACCGCCGGCAGAAGCGCUGGUGGAACGCCUACAUCCUCUUCUACGAGCGCAUGGACGCCACGGACAGGGACGGCGAGCUGGUCAAGUACAUCUCCGAGCUGGCGCUCGCCGGCAAGCUGCGCCCGGUCAAGAUGCCGGCCGCCAUCGAGUGCAGCGUGCGCAAGCAGAACGUCCAGUUCAUGCACAGCCGCAUGCAGUACAGCCUGGAAUAUUUCCAGUUUAUUAAGAAACUCCUGACCUGUAACAGUGUCUAUUUAAACCCCCCUCCAGGACAAGAUCAUCUUUUGCCGGAAGCAGAAGAAAUAGCUAUGAUUAGUAUACAGCUUGCUGCUAGAUUCCUGUUUAGCACAGGAUUCCACACAAAGAAACUGGUGCGUGGCCCCGCCAGUGACUGGUAUGACGCCCUGUGCAUCCUGCUUCGCCACAGCAAGAAUGUACGCUACUGGUUUGCACACAACGUCCUGUUCGCCUACACCAACCGCUUCUCCGAGUACCUGCUGGAGUGCCCCAGCGCGGAGGUGCGCGGGGCCUUCGCCAAGCUCAUCGUCUUCAUCGCGCACUUCUCCCUGCAGGACGGGCCCUGCCCUUCGCCCGCCGCCUCUCCGGGACCGUCCACUCAGGCCUGUGACAAUCUGAGCCUGAGUGACCACCUGCUGAGGGCGGUGCUGAACCUGCUGCGGAGGGAGGUGUCCGAGCACGGCCGGCACCUGCAGCAGUACUUCAACCUCUUCGUCAUGUACGCCAAUCUGGGCGUGCCGGAGAAGACCCAGCUGCUGAAGCUGAGUGUGCCGGCCACGUUCAUGCUGGUGGCCCUGGACGAGGGCCCCGGGCCCCCAAUCAAGUACCAGUAUGCUGAGCUGGGCAAGCUGUACGCUGUGGUCUCUCAGCUGGUGCGCUGUUGCGAUGUAUCAUCGCGCAUGCAGUCUUCGAUUAACGGUAAUCCGCCUCUUCCGAACCCGUACGGCGACUCCAACCUGCCGCAGCCCAUCGUGCCCCUGCAGCAGCUGGUGGCGGAGAUCCUGUUCGUGCGCACCAGCUACGUGAAGAAGAUCAUCGAGGACUGCAGCAGCUCGGAGGAGACCGUCAAGCUGCUGCGCUUCAGCUGCUGGGAGAACCCGCAGUUCUCCUCCACCGUGCUCAGCGAGCUCCUCUGGCAGGUGGCGUACUCGUACACGUACGAGCUGCGGCCGUACCUCGACCUGCUGCUGCAGAUUCUGCUCAUCGAGGACUCCUGGCAGACCCACAGGAUCCACAAUGUGCUGAAGGGCAUCCCGGACGACCGGGACGGGCUGUUCGACACCAUCCAGCGCUCCAAAAACCACUAUCAGAAGCGGGCGUACCAGUGCAUAAAGUGCAUGGUGGCGCUCUUCAGCAACUGCUCCGUGGCCUACCAGAUCCUGCAGAGUAACGGGGACCUGAAGAGGAAGUGGACCUGGGCGGUGGAGUGGCUGGGGGACGAGCUGGAGCGCCGGCCCUACACGGGGAACCCCCAGUACACCUACAACAACUGGUCGCCCCCGGUGCAGAGCAACGAGACCUCCAACGGCUACUUCCUGGAGCGCUCGCACAGCGCCCGCAUGACCCUGGCCAAGGCCUGCGAGCUGUGUCCUGAGGAGUGUCACUUAACGAAGCACGAGGCGGCGUCAGAGGAAGACGCCACGCGGAAAUCGUCCUCGCCACAGCGGCUUUUGCCCGGGGAAGGGACAGGACCGCAGAAGCACACUGAGCCUGAUGACCAGGAAGCUCCUGAGGACCAAGACUCGUCUCCCCCCGAAGACACAAGUCUCUACCCCCACCCCCCAGCCACACAGUUUCAGCAGCAGAAUAACCACCCGCACGGGCAGCCGUACACGGGCCCCGCAGCACAACACAUGAACAACCCCCCGCGCCCGGGCCAACGAGCACAAGAGAACUGGGAGGGCACUGAGGAGGUGGCGCCCGCCCAGCCGAAGGAGUGACGCGCCUCGCCCCUGUGCUCCUCCUCCUCCUCCUCCUCCUCUUCCUCCUCCACACCUCCGAGGCGCCCCACUGAGACACUUGACCCAUGAGUGCGAGACCUGGCCUUACAGCUCUGUGCCUCUCUGCGGGCCCUCCUGUUCAUAGUUCCACUUUGUAUUUAACGCAGAGUGGAGAGUCUAGUCACUGCCUGCCCCUGCGGUGCGCUGACACCCCCCCCCCCCCCCCGGUACGCUGUUCUGAAGCGGGCUCCACGCCCCUGCCCGAACGGCGCAGGUGUGCGUGGUCACUCACCGUCUCCCCCGCUCGCCCCCCGUCAGCGCCACCACUCGCCCAGCGCCGCUUUCCGAAAACAAAAGGACAGAGGGAGGGGAGGGGGGGGAGGGGAGGGGAGGGGUGGAAACCUUAAUAUUUAAGAAAAAGGAAAGAUACCCUGUUUUGCUUUAUGGUCCGUGAGCAGCCGUGGGGUUUGGCGUGUUUGGCUUUGUUCAGCUCCUUGGGAGGGUUAUAACGUUGCCCGUGUCGAGCACUCAAACCACAAACCGUGCCACUUGAACUUUCCACCUGGAGUUGUUUUUUUUUUUUUCUGCGCGUGUGUGUGUG